AUGGAACAAAAUAAUUUAAAUGGUGGACAACAUCAAAAUCCCUAUAAUCUGCAACAUAGAGGAAUCAGGCUGCCGCAAGAAAGGCAGCAACAUCACGAAGAAGGCAGGCAGUCAUCAAAUAUUCAAAAUGAAAGGCGAUUUUUCUCCCCAAACAAUGUACAGGGGGGUGCCAGACUUAAUCCCACGCACAUAACAGAAGCUAGAAAUCGUAACGCUGAAACCGCAAUAAAUUCUUCCAUUGAUUUGCAUUCCCCAAUGAGAAUGAACGGUAUACAAGAUUCUAAUGACACAAAUUUUGAUCUUCCCUUUUUAGAUAACAACAAAGAGAGGUUAAGCAUGCACAAUUUUCCGAAGACAGACUUCUCUGAUUUUUCCUUCGAACUCAGCCCAUCGGAUCUUGAAAGUAUUCAGCUGUUUCAAACCGAAUUAAACAGGAAAAUAGAAGCAUGCCUAGGCGUGAUUGAUAAUAGACGACACCGGAUAUUAUCUGAAAUUGAGCUAUACAAGUUGCGCCUGAAAAAAAUGGACCAUAUGAAUGACCCGCAAAUCACUAACCAUAUCAACAAGCUCCAAAGAAUACGAAUGAGAGCUGUUGAAUUGGAAACAAUCGAAUUGCAAAGGCUAAGAAUCAAAACAUCGGAGAUCAUAAAAGAGUUUAAGAAGGAGUUUCAGUUGUAUUCCCAGUUGAAGUCAGACGGGAAACCUGCAGUGAAUCCCACCAACAAAUUUCGGAGUUGGAUAGCAGAAUUAGAUAUCUGGGAGUUAACCAAUACUGCUGACCAUAUGGCUGAACUAUCGAAGUACACUGAUGAUAUUCCUCCAAACUUUCCCGCGCUACCAAUGUCGUCUCUUCCCGUUGCGAACACACUAUCAACAUUGUUUGUGAACGAACGACACGUUCAACCUGAUCGAACCUUCCCUUUGCAUAAGCUUCCAUCUGAAAUUUUGCAUCUUGUUUUGGACAAGAUUGGGUUUAAAGCUGACAUUGUAAAUCUUUUGACUGUCUGUAAACUCUGGGCACUGAUAAUAGUGAAGAUUCUGUAUUACAGACCGCAUAUAAACCAAGAGAGACAGUUGAAGUUAUUUUUAAGAACAAUGAAGCUACCUUCUUUUCAGACUGUGUUCAAUUACCGCUUAAUGAUAAAACGGUUGAAUUUCUCUUUUGUAGGAGACUAUCUGAAUGACGAACAACUUUCGUACUUUGUUGGUUGCCACAACCUAGAGCGACUAACAUUGGUUUUCUGCAAGAAUAUCUCUAGCAAACCGAUAUCUGCAGUUCUAAAAGGAUGCAGAUUUCUACAAAGUGUUGAUAUAACUGGCAUUAGGGACAUUCAAGACGACGUUUUUAACACCUUAGCAGAAAGCUGUAGACGAGUGCAGGGAUUCUACGUUCCAAUGGCCAAAAACGUCAGCUUUAAUGCGCUAAACACCUUCAUCAUUCAUGCCCCAAUGUUAAAACGAGUCAAGAUAACUGCUAAUACAAAUAUUAAUGACGAAAUAGUUGAAAAGUUGGCUGACAAAUGCCCGAUGUUGGUUGAGGUAGAUAUCACCUCAUGUCCAAAUGUGCAUGAUUCAAGCUUGUUGAAACUGUUUACUAAACUACCACAAUUGCGAGAGUUCAAGGUAACUCAUAACGAGAACAUAUCGGAUAAUUUAUUGCAUGAGCUAUCAAAGACUGUAGAUCAGUUACCAGCUUUACGAUUAAUCGACUUCUCGAGCUGUGAAAAUAUUACUGACAAAACAGUAGAGCGGUUGGUCGACCUUUCUCCCAAACUCAGAAAUAUUUAUUUGGGGAAGUGCAGCCGAAUCACUGACACGUCAUUAUUCAAUCUAUCAAGGCUGGUAAAAAAUUUACAGCAAGUACACUUUGGUCAUUGCUUCAACAUUACUGACCAAGGAGUUAGAAUACUGGUGCAAUCGUGCCCCAGAAUCCAGUACGUUGAUUUUGCCUGUUGCACCAAUUUGACAAAUCGUACGCUUUAUGAACUUUCUGACCUACAAAAGUUGAAGAGAAUUGGUCUGGUUAAGUGUACACAAAUGACGGACGAAGGUUUACUUAACAUGAUUGCGCUUAGGGGGAGAGGAGAUAGUUUGGAAAGGGUGCAUUUAUCUUAUUGUUCAAACCUAACAAUAUAUCCAAUUUAUGAAUUACUAAUGGCAUGUCCCAGACUUUCACACCUGUCUUUAACUGCUGUACCAUCAUUCCUUCGACAGGAUAUUACACAGUUUUGUAGACCUGCGCCUCCAGAUUUCAGUGAAAAUCAACGACAGAUAUUUUGUGUUUUCUCUGGGAAAGGUGUGCAUAAACUACGAAAUUAUCUGAUGAAACUAACCCCGGAAACAACAGAACCACAGACGGAUAUAAAUGAUAUUUUGACUAAACUAAUUAUCAAAAACAAUUUAAUAGAACCAAAUGAAUCGCAAUCCGAGGCAAUUGACAGAAUCACAUUCAACUUGAAUCAUGAAUCAGUCGCAAUAUUAACGGCUACGGGACUUAACCAGCUUCCAGAUUUGGCGAAUGAUCUAAACAUACAAAACAUUGAUUUUGAAAAUAUGGAGGAUCUGUUCACUUGGUCAAAUAAUGAGUCACUCUUGAAGUUCAGUCAGCCAGAUCAUGACGUGUCUCAUUUGUUUCAUCUUGUUGAUACAAAUUAUUGCGAAGAUCCUUAUGCAUACGAAUACGAAGAUACUAACGUUAUCAUGGCCCCAGGGGGGAAUAGAGAUUUAAACGAAGAAAUGCUACAUGUCACCAGAAAGUACCAUGAAUUGAAUGAGCGGAUCGAUGAUUUUGAAGUCAAUGUAGCCAGUUUAGCCCGGAUUCAAUUUCAAUUUACGGGAUUUUUGUUGCACGAAAUGGCACAGAUAUAUAUUCAAAUGGUUGAAUUAAACAGACUGAUCUGCCAGAUUCAAGAUCGAGUUUUUGCGUCGGGUAUACAAAGCGACAUAGACAGUCUGUACGUGUGGCGUCAUAUCCAUUUUGACAAAUUUCAAAUUCUGCUAGGAAAGUAUCAAGUGACAACUGUUGUACUGAGACUUUAUCUAAAAGAGAGUAUUGCUGCUUUUACUAGACAGAGGGAGAUCAUUCUGGCCAAUGAAAGAAAUGAAUCCUCAAGCACAAAUGUCAUCGAGAAUUUUACGAGCAUCUUAAGUGCAGCUGACAAUAGCGGGAACUUCAAUGGUAUACCGAGGGAGACUGAUGAGACUACCGCAAGGGAUGCUCUUGAUCGUCAAAGACAGGGUCUCCAAUUUUUGGGAAGAAUGGGACAAAGAGCUACGCUGACUCCAGAUCAACUCAGAACCAUACAGCUCGGUUUGAGCAAUACAACUGCCAAUGUGACACAAGAUAAUGCGAAUGAGGGUAAUAACGGGGGAAGAUCUGACACCCCAGAUGAGGAGAUGAUGGAUGAUGAUGCUUAG